AUGAAGAUCUUUUUAUAUCGAGUAGUGCUGAUAAGACUAAAAAAUUUUUGGUUAAACAGAAUGAAUGGAAUUAUUAAUAAACAAUUACAGAUCAUAUUGGUUGGGCCAAUCAAUUAAGUUGAAAUGAAUAAAAAAAUCAAGUUAUAUUUUGUGAAUAUGAUGGAUUGA